UGUAGAUCAAUAGGUGAAAACAGUGGUUCUUUUAUGCUUUUGUCGAUGUACCCGUCGCACCGCUAACUGAAGUGCAAACGCACCACCUCGCUUCGGCCAAUAAGCAGUCGCUCCGACUUACAUGAUCAUCAGAUAAUUAUUGAUAUGGGCCUUAGAUGUGUGCUAUAUUAUGAACAAUAAUCGUAUUAUUGAUUAAAAACCAGUGCAUUCCGUGCAAUUCCGAGGAGCGUGGAUAUUUUCUUGGGAGCAAUGGCAUUUUUGACAUGAACGUUAUUAUAAUAAUCGUUUACUGACAUAUAGCGCACUGAUAAGAUGCGAUAGCUGUGCUAUGCUCACGCGAUAUUUAAGCAAACCGCGUUCGGAAUAAUCCCAUUCUGUGUGAACUGUGAAAAACAGGUUUCGAUUGUUUUGCAUUUGCUGCACACUGGGCGGCAAAUUAAGCAGAUCGUUAAAAAAUGUAUUCCCAAGUGAAUUUGUUUUUAACCGGUAAGAAUGCAUUCACCCGCGUCAUCGUCCCGUUGUUCCUGAUCCUGAUCUGUCCGCCGUUCACCAUGCUGAUCUAUCAUACCAAUGUCCACCUCGACGGCUCUUUUGCACGUUUGGGACAAGAGAUACAGGAAAAGGGCAUUCUUAGAGAAAUUGCUGACGUAUGGUCGCCACGCUUCUAUGGCUCGGUGACCGCAUGGAAAAUUAUCGGAAUUUUUGCGGCACUGCAAAUUUUUUUAAUGCGCGCAUUACCGGGAAGGCGAUAUUAUGGGACCAUAACGCCCAUGGGAAACCUACCGGAGUACACUGAUAACGGUCUGUCAUCGUACAUUGUCACCUUUGCGCUGUUUUUCACGGGAUCUCUCGGAUUCGGUUUAUUCAGACCGUCUCUCAUCUAUGACAAUCUUGGCGAUAUUCUCGGCGCCUUGAAUCUGACGGCAUUGGCAUUUUGUUUGUUUCUCUAUUUUAAAGGCAUUUAUUUUCCCUCGAGCACGGAUAAUAGUUCAACGGGAAAUUUUAUUUUUGAUUAUUACUGGGGAACGGAACUGUAUCCCAGGAUUUUAGGAUGUGAUGUGAAAAAGUUUACCAACUGCCGGUUUGGAAUGACCGGUUGGGCCGUUUCUGUGACUUCCUUUGCUUUCGCACAGAAAGAGAUUUAUGGGAAAGCCGACUGGUCAAUUAUUGUUUCGGCGUCGCUAAUUGUUAUUUAUCUGUUGAAAUUUUUCUUGUGGGAAUCGGGAUACAUGCGAUCCAUGGAUAUUAUCGUGGAUCGAGGAGGUUUUAUGUUGUGCUGGGGGUGUAUGAUGUGGGUGCCGGCAGUGUAUACAUCGCCGGUCAUGUUCAUGGUGCGACAUCCCGUUGGACUGUCUUUUGCAGCCGCUACCGCUAUUUUCGUCCUGGGAUUGGCCGCCAUUCUGGUCAACUACUGGGCUGAUCACCAGCGCCAAAUUGUACGGGCCACACAUGGCAACACGAAGAUCUGGGGAAAAAAGCCCGUCUUAAUUGAGGCGGAUUAUUUGACCGAAACCGGAGAGAAAAAGAGUAAUUUGUUGUUAGCAUCGGGUUUCUGGGGCAUAUCCAGCCAUUUUCAUUAUCUUCCGGAAAUCUCCGCGGCAUUCCUAUGGAGCUGUGCUACCGGUUUGGAUUACUUUUCACCCUUUUUCUAUACAAUUUUUCUCACCGUACUGCUUACGCAUCGCGCCUUUCGGGAUGAACUGAAAUGCAGUAAGAAAUAUGGAGUAUUCUGGCAGCAAUACCGUCAACUGGUGCCCUACAAAAUAAUCCCGGGAGUCAUUUAAGUUAAUAUUUCCUUGGCUUGUGGAUGCCUCUACGGAUUUCGUUCCAAGCGUGGAUUGCUGUAUUAAAUGAUCUGCAGCCUUUGUUGCAGAAAAAAUAUACUAAUAGAAAAGAAAAUAUUCGUGUGAACGUUUUCCGGACUAUAGUCAAAGUGCUAAACAGCACUACGUGGCAUGUUGAGAUUAACGAAUUGAUGUAGUACCAGCACUGCAAAUGCAUUUAUAAAUUAUAACUGACUGCCUAGUAUUGACCUUUUGUCCACCUGUGUAGCAGAAGCGGCGAAAACACUGGUGCGAUUUUUUUUGUUACACUGAUUUUAAACAAAUUACGUACAGUAUCAUCGGAGAAUGC